AACAACUAAUUACAUUAUAUGAUGCGAUCCAAGUGGGAGGUUAGGUUAGGUUAGGGAAACGGGAGGUUAGCGGAAAGAGCAUGAAUCAGAAAUAAAGAGGAAGAACGAGGUUUCCGAGAUGUUAACAACAGGACACAGUCUAGACUUGAAGGCACUUUAUUCACGAUCGUCCGAAGCACAAAACGGAUGAGAUAACACACGGUAGGAUAUCCACAACGAGCACUGAUUUCGCACGAUGUUGUCUGGAGUAGUUGCAGUAUGUAACUGAUCAGUGUGUGACUAGUACAUAUUGAUAAUUCGUAGUAGAUCGUGAGUAAAGAAGCAUCUUAAAAUGUGGUUCUUCAAUCAAAUGUGUACGAGCAAAGCACGUCUUGAUGGUAAAACUGUUGUGAUAACGGGAGCAAGUUGUGGUAUCGGCAAGGAGACAGCCAGAGAUUUAUAUGGGAGAGGCGCUAGAGUAAUUCUGGCUUGUAGAAAUAUGGAAAAAACAAAUAAAGCGGUCGAAGAUAUAAAGAACAAUCCACCACCGGGGAUAACAAAGGAUGAAUAUCUAAAUAACGUCGGUGAGCUUGCGAUAUAUUGUUUGGAACUUAGUAGUUUGAAGAGCGUAAGAGAUUGCGCUAAAAAAAUAAUAAAACACGAAGCAGCUAUUCACAUACUUGUGAAUAAUGCCGGUGUGGCUGCACAUCAGGACAACAAGACGGAGGAUGGCAUUGAGAUGACGUUACAAGUCAAUUAUCUCGGCCAUUUUCUGUUUACCAUUUUAUUAAUACCAAAAAUGCAGUCGUCUUCUUGCAGAAUAGUCAACGUCUCAUCGCUUACAUAUAUUACUGCAAACAUAGAUUUUGAUGAUAUCAACAUGGAAAGAGUUUCACCGCUUGCACGAUAUGCUCGAACUAAGUUGGCCAAUAUUUUAUUUACUAAGGAACUCGCUCGUCGAUUAAAAGAAGCAAAUAUUAAUGGUAUAAACGUUUACUCAUUACAUCCCGGUAUGAUUUCAACUAACAUAUCGCGAUAUGCCAACGAGAGUAUAUUUUAUGGUUUCUCUUUUCUCUUUGAUAUGUUAUCGCGUUUAUUCGGUAAAACAAUAGUACAAGGUGCUCAAACCACCAUAUAUUGUUCAAUUGAUGAGGAAGUUGCUAAUCAGACUGGACUUUAUUAUGUAAACUGCGGCGUUUCCAACACAUACCUAAAGGCAAACGAUCAUCAGUGUGCAGAGAAAUUGUGGCAUGCAUCCUGUCGUCUUUUGCAUUUGGAACCUGAUGAAAAUUUUACUACAUUUUUGGAAACAGUUUCACGUCAAAUGCUGUAAUAUAAUUCCUUUGUUUUCAGGCGAAUGUGUUUGAAGAAUAUGUACAAAAAAUCUCAUCUAAUGUUGAGAAUUAUGUAAGAUAUAGUAUCAUAUUGUAUUUGCAUCAAGUAAUACAAUGUUCUAUAUUGUGUAACAUACCUCACACCUAACACGCGUAUUUUUCUAUAGUUUAUGUUAUGUGUACUAUAGUUGAUACUCGCAUAUGCGUGUUACAGAAACACCUACCGUCUAAGAACUUUAUUUACAGUUAAAACAUUGAAUCUUUAAUCCCACUCCUUUAUCUUUGUGAUUUUAAUAAUGAAUAUUCUCAAAUAUAUUUUCGAAUCU